CCGAGGCAGAGACGAAGAAACAAGAUGGCGGCCGGUGGCGAUCCGGAGCGGGACGCCGGCAAUUCGGAUUGAGCCCUCGGCCCUCACAGCUCGGCGGCCCCCCUCCCCGGCCCGGAUCCCUCGCAGGGGGGGGAGCUUCCCCGUAGCCGCCUGUCCGGACUCCGAGCGCCCUCCCGAGCCUUCCUUUCCCCUCCCUUCCCCCCUCGGCCAGCGCCCAGAGAUGCGGGGCCGGCGAGGCAGGCCGCCCAAGCAGCAGCCGGCGGCGGCCACCGCUCAGGCGAGCUCCCCGGCUCCGCCCGCCCCGGCGGGCCCCAUCGGGGGGCUGAGGUCCCGGCAGCGGGGCAGCAGCCGCGGCAGGUGGGCGACCUCGGCCCAGGCGGAGACGGCGGGGCCCAAGCAGAAGGGAGCCGCGGCUGCCCAGGCCUCUUCCCCCGCCACCGCCUCCCCCAGGGGGGGCAGCAAGAGGAAGGGAGGCAGCGGCAGCAGCAGCACCCCUGGUGGGGGAGGCAGCAGCGGUAAGGGUAGGGGCAGGGCUGGGGCUGGAGGAGCAGGGGGAGGAGGCGGAGGAGGCAGCUGCAACAGCCAAGGCAGGGCUGCCUCGUCCAGGAGGAGCAUCAGCAAAGUGGUGUACGAUGAUCAUGAGAGCGAAGAGGAGGAGGAGAGCAUGGUGUCCGAGGAGGAAGAGGAGGCAGACCCCGAGGAUAACCAGGACUCCGAGGAGGAAGAGGAGGAGGAGAUAAUGGAGGAAGAGGACGACGACGACUCUGACUACCCUGAAGAGAUGGAGGAUGAAGACGAUGCCAGUUAUUGCACUGAGAGCAGCUUCAGGAGCCACAGCACUUACAGCAGCACCCCAGGUAGGAGAAGACAAAGAGUGCAUCGUCCUCGUUCUCCAAUAUUGGAAGAAAAAGAUAUCCCACCCUUGGAGUUUCCUAAAUCCUCAGAGGACUUAAUGGUGCCUAGUGAGCAUAUAAUGAAUGUUAUUGCCAUCUAUGAGGUACUAAGGAACUUUGGCACUGUUUUACGCCUCUCUCCUUUUCGUUUUGAGGACUUCUGUGCUGCUCUGGUAAGUCAAGAGCAGUGCACACUUAUGGCAGAGAUGCAUAUAGUGCUUUUAAAAGCAGUUUUACGUGAAGAAGACACUUCAAAUACUACCUUUGGACCUGCUGACCUCAAAGAUAGCGUUAAUUCCACUUUGUAUUUCAUAGAUGGAAUGACGUGGCCAGAGGUUCUGCGGGUAUAUUGUGAGAGUGACAAGGAAUACCAUCAUGUUCUUCCUUUCCAAGAGACAGAGGACUAUCCUUAUGGACCAGUAGAGAAUAAAAUCAAAGUUCUGCAGUUCUUAGUGGAUCAGUUUCUUACAACAAACAUUGCACGUGAAGAGUUAAUGUCAGAAGGUGUUAUUCAGUAUGAUGAUCAUUGUAGGGUUUGUCACAAACUUGGGGAUUUGCUUUGCUGUGAAACUUGUUCAGCUGUGUACCAUUUGGAGUGUGUGAAACCACCUCUUGAAGAGGUACCAGAAGAUGAAUGGCAGUGUGAGGUCUGCGUAGCACAUAAGGUGCCUGGAGUAACUGACUGUGUUGCUGAAAUCCAAAAAAAUAAACCAUACAUUCGACAUGAACCUAUUGGAUAUGACAGGCAUAGACGAAAAUACUGGUUCCUGAACAGAAGAAUCAUUAUAGAGGAAGAUUCAGAAAGUGAGAAGGAUAAGAAAAUCUGGUACUUUAGCACAAAGAUCCAGCUGGCAGAGCUAAUCGAAUGCCUAGACAAAGACUACUGGGAAGCUGACCUAUGCAAAACUCUGGAAGAAAUGCGUGAGGAAAUUCAUCGGCACAUGGAUGUGACAGAAGACCUCACUAAUAAAGCAAGGGGCAACAACAAGUCUUUCCUUUCUGCAGCAAAUGAUGAAAUUUUGGACACUAUCAGAGCAAGAAAAGGAGAAAUAGUGGAAGAUAAAACCACAGCAGAUGAUGAAGCAGAAAAGGCCAAAAGUGAUGUUGAUAAUGACCAGACAGAUGCUGAGAGAAGCAGGGAAGAAUCUGGAGACCAAGAUAAAACUGAGGAAACACUCACUGAGCAAGAUGCAGAAAAAGUGAAAACAGAAGAGGCAACAGUCGUUGGGGAUAAAAGUAACUCUGUGACAUCAAGCACUGAUGACAACAACACAAAUCCUUCUGCAGGAGAGACUAGUUGCUCUGAGGGGAAGAACGCAAUGGGGUGUCAGUCAGAAACCCUUGAGAGCAACAACGUGGCAGAGAAGAAGGUGGCAUCAGAGCUCCCUCAGGAACUCUCAGAAGAAACUGGUCAGAUGAUCCCUAGCAACAGUAGCAGUGUAUCUGCUGCACCUCUACCGUCAGAUGUUGAAAACAGCAACGGCAGUGAGCUGGGCUCUGGGCAGAACGACUCCAUUAGGACUCCUGAUGAUGCUGAGAAUGCAGAGAGGGGAUCCCAGACUUCGGAGGACAUAGGAGAGAAGUCUAACGGUGAAAGAAGUGAUUCUCCAGGCGCAGGAAAAGGCGCGCCAGGUUCGACGCGAAUGCUUACGAGAUCACGAAAUCCAGAUAGCAAGUUGAGCCAGAUGAAAAGCCAGCAGGUUGCUGCCGCAGCACAUGAAGCAAAUAAGUUGCAUAAAGAAGGCAGAGAGGUUCUGGUGGUCAACUCUCAAGGUGAAAUCUCCCGAAUGAACACAAAGAAGGAAGUUGUGAUGAAAGGAAAUAUCAACAAUUAUUUCAAAUUAGGGCAAGAGGGGAAGUAUCGUGUUUAUCAUAAUCAGUAUGCCACUAAUUCAUUCGCAUUGAACAAGCACCAGCACAGGGAGGACCAUGACAAGAGACGACAUCUCUCGCAUAAAUUCUGUCUGACUCCUGCUGGAGAGUUCAAAUGGAAUGGGUCUGUACAUGGGUCCAAAGUUCUUACCAUUUCCACUUUGAGGCUAACUAUCAUUCAGCUAGAAAACAACAUCCCGGCAUCAUUCCUUCACCCUAACUGGGCUUCCCACAGGUCUAACUGGAUUAAGGCUGUUCAGAUGUGCAGCAAACCUAGAGAAUUUGCACUAGCGCUGGCUAUAUUGGAGUGUGCAAUUAAACCGGUUGUCAUGCUGCCAAUCUGGCGGGAGUCGUUGGGGCACACUAGAUUACGCAGAAUGACAGCAAUAGAAAGAGAAGAAAAGGAGAAAGUGAAAAAAAAAGAGAGAAAACAAGAAGAAGAAGAAACAAUGCAGCAAGCUACGUGGGUGAAAUAUACAUUUCCUGUCAAGCAUCAGGUUUGGAAGCAAAAAGGAGAGGAAUACAGAGUAACAGGUUAUGGUGGCUGGAGCUGGAUUAGUAAAACACAUGUCCACAGAUUUCUACCCAAACUGCCUGGAAAUACUAAUGCAAACUACAGAAAGUUGCUACCAACAAAGAGCGAAGACGAAAAAUGCAACUUGGAUAAACGAAAAGGUCCAAUUAAGGUAAAACCAGAAAAAGACAGAACAAAGGAUUCUCAUGAGCUGCAAGCAAAAGACAAAGCAGAUGUUUCAGAAACCUCAGAGAAAGUGCAAGUGAAAGAAGAAAAGUCACGUCAAGAAAAAGUAGAAGUUGAUACAAUUUCUGAAAACCUAGAUGGUGCAAGAGACAAAGUGGAAAAAGAAAUCGAUGGUGAAAAUGAUAAAGUCAUCAAGGAAGAACCUAUGGAUGUAGAUGAUGUGAAAAUUGAAUCCCCCAUAAAAGAUGAGGACAGUCAUUGUAAGCUGGAUAUAAUCAAUGUCAGUGAGGGAUUUCAUUUAAGGACUUGCUACAAAAGGAAAGUAAAAUCAUCAAAAUUAGAUGGACUACUUGAGAGGCGAAUAAAACAGUUUACACUGGAAGAAAAACAACGACUAGAAAGGAUGAAACUGGAGGCUAGUGCUAAAGCUGGAGGCAUUCGAUCUGUAAGCCCCCCAAAAAACAUAGAUGAGCUACAAAUGAGAAAAGUAAAAGAAGGAAGCCAGUUUGACAUGUCUUCCCAAAAUCAAACCUAUAUUUCAGAUAAGACCCAAACUGAAGAUGCAGAACAGGACUGCUUGCCAAUCAGCAGCAUCUCUUGUUCCAAAACCGGUGAGCUGGAUGAACCCUCUUUGCCUUUGACAAACAGGCUAUCAAAAAGAGAAGGCCAGCUACUGGAUGAAGACUCACGUCAAUCCUCUGAAGGUGAAAGCUCCAUUCAGAAUGAUAGUAAAGAAAACAACCCUGAACCUAUGACUGCUGAUAAGUGUCAAGGACAAGAGGCUCUUGGAGGGUCUGAGAGUUCCUUUGUGGAUGGCUUGAAACAAAAAAAUGCAGAAGGUAGAAUCAAAUGGGAUGUUUCAGAAACCAGCAAAAAACCUUUGAAACAAAACCUACCUAUUUCCAGAGUGUCUCAGCGUGAACGUGAAAACAUGGAGCCGGUGGUAACUGAAAGCAGCUGUAGAAAAGAUGCUCUGGCCACCCUUGAAAAAACAGAUUCAGAAGGAAAUUCUGAACAUCAGAGCAAAGAUCAAGAAAACAAUUGUAUGCUAAAAAGCCAUAUUGAACCAAUGUCCUCUCAAGAAAGUGAAAUGGAGGAAGAAAUUGCUUCAGUAAAGAGUGAAAGUAAAUCUGAAAACAAGGUCGUGUUGCACCAAAAAUCAGUUAGUAAAGAUCUAGAACCAUUUAAAACAGAGCUAAUUUCUGAAAGAAGCCUUGAAAGUCAAACACUGGAACACAUGGAUGGGGUAGAAGCUGAUGAGGAUUUACUGAGCUCUAAACUAACUGAGGCUAAUGGUCAAAAGAAAAUGGAGACAAGGACCAUAACCAAAUAUCUCGAUCAGACAAAUCUGAAUAGUGUUACUGACAAAAGGAAUAAUAAAGAUGAAGAAACUGAGACAGAAAAAGAAAAAUCAGCAUUUCAAAUGAAUGGAAAAGACAGUGAUGUUAAAGCAUUACCAAAUGAUGACUGCUCAGUUAAAGAUACUUGUGAAACAAAGGCAGGGGGUGAUGCCGAACCAAAAGUUAAUAAUAUUAAUAAAUCCAUUCAAGAACAUGAAAUAAAACCAUUGACUUUUAAGGAAUCUUCAGUAAAACCAUUCAUGAAUGGUGACAUCAUGGUAGAGGACACAAAGGACAAAAAUAAUGUGGACUCUAAGUCACGGCUGCAGAGUUCACCUGAGCUGGAAUCUGGAGAGAGUCUUCAGCCACCAGAUGAAGUUCCCAAGUAUGUGCAGAAAACUGAAGAAAAACGUCUUUCUCCGGAGAGAUCUGCUUUUGGCACUGCCUGUAAAGAAAAUAACCUGAAUAGUGAAACAGAAUCCAUGGAAACUGAAGCAGUCGAGGAGAAGAAAGUUACUCCAUCGCCUGUAACCUCGUGUGAGGAAUCUAGCUUGAGUAGUCACUUUGCUGAUCAGAAUGGUGUACAGACGUAUAAAAUGGAGAAUAUUAAUGGAGAAAGUAAAAUAAAAACUGUUAUUACUGAAGUGACAACCACAACAUCGACUGUGUCUACAGAAUCCAAAACUGUGUAUAAAGUUGCAGAGACUGUAGCUUCGAAUGAUGAGAAAACAACAGUAGUGUCAUCUACAGAAAACUGUGCCAUAUCCACUGUAACUACCACCACUACUGUGACUAAGCUCACCACUCCAGCUACAGACAGUAACGUUGAUGUCGUUUCUGUGCAAGAGCAUAGUAAAACGGUGGUUACAACAACAGUAACUGAUUCACUGACCACCCCAGAAGGCACAUUGGUGACUUCCAUGACUGUCAGCAAAGAAUAUUCCACAAAAGACAAAGUGAAGUUAAUGAAAUUUGCAAGACCCAAAAAAACCCGUUCUGGAACUGCCUUACCAUCUUAUAGAAAAUUUGUUACCAAAAGCAGUAAAAAAAGCAUCUUUGUUUUACCCAAUGAUGACUUGAAAAAGCUGGCCAGGAAAGGAGGGAUCAGAGAAGUUCCCUAUUUCAAUUACAAUGCAAAGCCUGCUUUGGAUAUCUGGCCAUAUCCAUCCCCAAGGCCAACUUUUGGGAUCACUUGGAGGUACCGACUUCAAACAGUGAAAUCACUGGCUGGAGUGAGCCUCAUGCUACGGUUGUUGUGGGCAUGUCUCAAAUGGGAUGAUAUGGCAGCAAAAGCUCCACCUGGGGGAGGAACUACACGUACAGAAACAUCUGAAACUGAAAUUACAACAACAGAAAUAAUCAAGCGAAGAGAUGUUGGUCCGUAUGGAAUCCGGUCAGAGUACUGUAUAAGAAAAAUUAUUUGUCCCAUUGGUGUGCCAGAGGCUCCAAAAGAAACUCCAACACCCCAGAGGAAGGGACUGCGAUCAAGUGCACUAAGGCCAAAAAGGCCAGAAACACCCAAGCAAACGGGCCCUGUUAUAAUCGAAAGUUGGGUAGCAGAGGAGGAAUUGGAACUGUGGGAGAUCAGGGCAUUUGCUGAAAGGGUGGAGAAGGAAAAGGCACAGGCAGUUGAACAACAGGCUAAGGUUAGUGAACAGAAGAAGGCAGAGGAAUUCAAGGCCCAAUUGGAGGCUCAACUAAAACACCAACGAUUGGCUGCCCAGCAGAAACGGCUGGAACAGCAGAAGCAGAUACCUACAGUAGGUGUGUCCCCUGCAGUCACUACAUCCAGCAGCACUGCAACUACUGUCUCAACACCACAGAAAGUUGUGGUAGGCCCUUUAACGGGCCCAGUCCCCACUGGAACCAAAGUAGUACUUACUACAAAAGUGGGUUCUCCAGCUACAGUAACAUUCCAACAGAACAAGAAUUUCCAUCAGACUUUUGCAACUUGGGUUAAACAAGGCCAAUCUUCAACAGCCACUAGCACAGCUGCCACUUCAGCCACAACCAUUGCCAGCACAGGGCAGACCUUCCAGAUCUCAGGCAGUCCAGUAACGAUGGCAGGGAAAGUGAUAACUAAGCUGCCACUCCCUGCAAACAGCAAGAUUGUUGCCGUCAAUGUGCCAUCAACUCAAGGAGGUGUUGUUCAAGUUCAGCAAAAGGUAUUGGGUAUCAUUCCAUCAACUACAGGUGCAAGUCAAACAUUUACUUCAUUCCAGCCAAGGACAGCAACUGUAACCAUUAGGCCAAAUACCACGGGGACAUUAGGAACAACAAGCACUUCACAAGUAGUGCAAGGGACACCGCUUCGCCCUGGUAUGACAGUGAUACGGACACCACUGCAGCAGUCAACACUUGGGAAGACCAUCAUUCGAACACCUGUGGUGGUGCAACAAGGUAUUCUUCCAGCCAGUCAGACGCAGCAAGUGGUCACUCAGAUAAUCAGGGGUCAGCCUGUCUCAACAGCAGUUUCUAGUACCAGCACAGCUUCUUCCAGUGCUGGCCAGAAAACAGUCACAAGUUCUGGAACACCACCUCAACAAACACAGCCACAAACCACGCCACAGCCCACUCGCCCUCAGCAGGGACAAGUGAAGCUUACUAUGGCCCAGCUCACACAGCUAACACAAGGACAGGGUGGCAGUCAAGGAUUAACUGUGGUAAUUCAGGGACAAGGUCAAACUACUGGUCAAUUACAAUUAAUCCCUCAGGGUGUGACUGUAAUACCUGGUCCAGGACAACAGCUUAUGCAAGCAGCUAUGCCAAAUGGUACAAUUCAGAGAUUUCUUUUCACCCCACUACCAGCAGCUGCUACUACAGCUAGCACAACUACAACAACAGUUUCUACUUCAACCUCAGCUACAGGGGAGCAGAAGCAAGCUCCACAGGCACAGCCAACAUCAGCGCUGCCACCAGCUCAGCUGCAGCCUCAGAGUCAGCAGCAAGGCCAGCCUCAAGUACAGAAUCAGAGUACUCAGCCCGUGCUGCCGGCCCAGCCGCAGGCUCCUCAGCCAGCGCUUCAGCCUGAAGCUCAGAGCCAGCCUGAAGCUCAGACUGCAGCAUCCGCUGACUCUCCAGUCACACCUGAAGCACAGUCAUCUAAAUCUCCAGUUCAGUCUCCAGCACAGACCCAGGCUCAAGGGCAGUCUCCAGUGCAAGUCCAGAGUCAGCCGCAGACUGCAAUCCUUCCACAAGGCCAGUCCCAAGUCCAGCCUCAGCAACCAGCUCAGGUGCAGACUACAACCCAACAACAGAUUCAGAUGCAGCCCCAUGCUCCCAUACAAAUUCAAGCGCAGCUGCAGCAAUCACAACCUCAGGUUCAGACUUCGGUCUCAACCCUUCCAACUACUCAAAGUUUAAAUCAGGUUCCUGUGCAAUCCCCAACUCGUCCUCAGCUGCAACUUCAGCAGCCUCCAACAAAACUUAUUACAGUGCCUCAGCUUCAGCAACAAGUCCAAGUUCUCUCUCAGCUUCAGUCACAUGUUGUGGCUCAGAUACAAGCCCAACAAGGCAGUGUGCCCCAGCAGAUCAAGCUUCAGUUACCUAUUCAGAUCCAACAAACUAGCCCAGUACAGGCUCACCAGAUUCAGAAUGUGGUAACAGUUCAAGCAGCUAGUGUUCAGGAGCAGCUGCAGAGAGUUCAGCAGCUCAGAGAGCAGCAACAGAAGAAAAAGCAGCAACAGAUAGAAUUUAAACGUGAGCACACCCUUCAGGCUUCUAAUCAAAGUGACAUUAUCCAGAAACAGGUGGUUAUGAAACAGAAUGCUGUCAUAGAGCACUUGAAACAGAAGAAGACACUGACUCCUGCAGAGAGGGAAGAAAAUCAGAGAAUGAUUGUGUGCAACCAAGUCAUGAAAUACAUUCUGGAUAAGAUUGACAAAGAAGAAAAACAGGCAGCUAAGAAACGAAAGCGAGAAGAGAGUGUGGAACAGAAGCGUAGUAAACAGAACGCUACUAAGCUCUCGGCUCUGCUUUUCAAGCAUAAAGAACAGCUGAAAGCUGAAAUAUUAAAGAAAAGAGCACUUCUGGACAAAGAACUACAAAUUGAAGUGCAGGAGGAGCUAAAGAGAGACUUAUCUAAAAUUAAGAAAGAAAAAGAAAAAGCCCAGGCAGCUGCUGCUGCUGCAGCCGCCGCCGCUGCUGCAGCCGCUGCCGCCGCCGCUGCACCGCCACCACCGCCGCCACCACUGCCACCACCGCCACCGCAGCAGCACGCAGCCAGCGUCACCUCCUCCUCCUCCACCACAGUCCCAAUGCCAGUCUCCUCCCAGAAGAGAAAGCGAGAGGAGGAGAAAGAUUCAUCAGCGUCCAAGUCCAAGAAAAAGAAAAUGAUUUCUACUACCUCAAAGGAAACAAAGAAGGACACAAAGCUUUACUGCAUCUGCAAAACGCCUUAUGACGAGUCUAAGUUCUAUAUUGGCUGUGAUCUUUGUACUAACUGGUAUCAUGGAGAAUGUGUUGGCAUCACAGAAAAGGAGGCUAAGAAAAUGGAUGUGUACAUCUGUAAUGAUUGUAAACGGGCACAAGAGGGCAGCAGUGAGGAAUUGUACUGUAUCUGCAGAACACCUUAUGAUGAGUCACAAUUUUACAUUGGCUGCGACCGAUGUCAGAACUGGUAUCACGGGCGCUGUGUUGGCAUUUUACAAAGUGAGGCAGAUCUCAUUGAUGAAUACGUGUGUCCACAAUGUCAGUCCACAGAAGAUGCCAUGACUGUGCUCAGUCCACUAACCGAUAAAGAUUACGAAGGUUUAAGAAGAGUACUACGUUCCUUACAGGCUCACAAGAUGGCAUGGCCGUUCCUAGAACCAGUAGAUCCCAAUGAUGCACCAGAUUAUUAUGGUGUUAUUAAAGAACCAAUGGACCUUGCCACCAUGGAGGAGAGGAUACUGAAACGUUACUACAAGAAAGUCACGGAGUUUGUGGCAGAUAUGACCAAAAUUUUUGAUAACUGUCGUUACUACAAUCCAAGUGACUCCCCUUUUUACCAAUGUGCAGAAGUUCUUGAAUCAUUCUUUGUACAGAAACUAAAAGGAUUUAAGGCAAGCAGGUCCCAUAACAACAAACUGCAGUCUACAGCUUCUUAGAGUUCAGCGUGUUUAACCUAACACACCCGAGCAAGAAUCUGGUUGUCUGAAAGUUUUUAAUUAAGAAGCCAGAUGUUUUUAGUCAGGUUAUCCUGACGAGACUUGAUGUAAACUGCGUUUUUAUUGGUCACAACAGUCAGAUUAUAUUCUUGGCUUAUUUUGUCCAAAGGACAAAGAGAUAAAAAUCAGCAGCACCACUUUCUUGUCAAGAUCAAAUUGUUGUACUAUUGUGGCAGAAGCAGGAAAACUUGGUUUUGUUGAAGGAGAGAGAGAAAGAGAGCAAGAAAAAAGAUACAGUAAAUGGGGUCACGUUUAACUCCAUGGAAAUGCCACGUCUGUUCUUCAGUGAAGAAGCUGGUUUAAAGUCCACACAGAAAACUUUGACUGUAUUUAUUUAUUGUUGCAAAAAAGACGCUUUUUUAUUGCUGCCCUCAUUUGUCAGCUAAUUAUUUUUUCUUAUAAAAUCCAGCCCCGGUUACAUGUAAUCCAUUCUGUAUCUUAACAUGAUUCCUGUAGGUAAAAGUACAAGAAGACCUCUAGAUGUCUUUUCUUUCUAUGAAAGGAGCUGCUAUGUACACAUGUGCACACACACAGAACUGGGAAUCAACAAUGAGUUUAUCGUUCAUGGUAGAUAAAAACAAUUAAGCUUGCAUAAAAGUUGGGCUAAGUGGUCAUGGACUACAGACUCUGUUGCCUUGAAUAUAACAGUACAAUUUGUCAUUUACUCUGCACCAGACUGAAAUGAGUAAAAUCUAUUUGAAGGUAUCUUGUUUGUAAACAUUUGUCAGAUUCUAAUUUUUUUUCUUUUGUAUUAAAAUUCAAAAUAUGGAUGUAUAUGAAACAAAAUAAAUGGAGAUAAUUGUUCUCCCCACAGAUGUAGGUGUCUUUGCGUGUGCACUAAUACGUUUGUAACACUUUGGGGAUCUGUUCGGAAGUGUAGACACUGCGAAGUGGUAGGGGUGGGAGUAACCAGGGAGAUCUUGACUUUAUUCUGCUCCGAGGGGAGCGUUUACUACGUUGCAUUCCAAAGCAGCUGUCAUCCCUCUAGGAGAUGUCUAGUGGUGCCAAAAUUCCUGUAACAGAUAACGUGGUAGGAAGUACUGUGUGAAAUGUCACUGCCCACCGCUGCAUUGGUGGUACUUUGCCAAGCGCUGUAGGAACGUGAAGCACCACGUGUAAUUGUAUCUGCUCUGGGGCUGCUCCACCGCUUCCUGUGCGAGGAGAGCUGCCGAGAGGGGCAGAGGGAAGGCAGCACAAGAUGCAACCUGCUGAUGAUGUUGCUUUUCUCCUUCCCAUCUAUUGCUUUCACGUUGCGUCUGUCACUGACUUGCGCGUUUGACCUGUCUGUAGUUAUCAGCCACGGGUUGUAUGCGGCUCUUGGACCAUUCGACUAGCUUUUGCACUAACUCACAGCUGACUUCUGUUCUACAGCGACCUGGGAUUUGCCUGAUUUAUGGAUAAGCUCCUUUCGGGUUUAACCUCACACCUUGCUAUGCAAGAACCUCUUCUGUUAUCUUUCUUAAAAAGACGUUGCUACUGACCACACUUUCUUACACUUCCAGGCUCAGGUGUACAGGUUCUUCUGGGUAAUUUUAUCUAAUAAAAACCCGCGUGUUUUUGUACAUACAAAUGUUGUCAUUUAACCUCUGUGUGGAAAUGAAAAAUAACUGUUCAAUGUGGAAACAAUAAUCCAUUUAUGCUUCUUGGAGUUAAAGAAGAGUAGUUGCAUUUAGGUUCUGUUGUCCUUUGGCGUUUUAACAGAAAUGCUGCAUAUUGUACGCAUUGUGGGUUUAAUGCAACGAGGGGAAUUCUCAACUUUUAACAGCAUUUGAACAUACCCUGCAUCUCAUCAGAACAUCACAGUAUUUCUGUACUAUUUAUUCAUCUAUAAAUCUCUAUGACUUGAUUUGAAACUUUCCUACCUGUAGGCAUUAGAUGGCUGUUUUUAACAAAUUGUGGCAAACUGAAGAGUACGUUUUUGUACCUUAUAGGACACGUCAUCCUAGACAAAUAAAGUGAUGUGUUUGACAUGGA